UGUUAUUCCCAGUCACGUUUGCAGUGGUGGGCUCUGAUCCUGGCUCUGUGUCAGUGUCAGUGUCGGUGUCGGUGUCAGUGUCUGUGUGCAUGUGCAUGUGCAUGUGUUCCCCGCAGCAGUCAGACAGCUGAUGAUGAGCCUGCUGUGUAUUUAAAGCUCGGGGGGAAAGCGGAAGUGUGGCCCGCUCUGUGUUAUCAGCUGAGAGCCGCUAGCUGUGUUAGCACGGAGCUGCACAGGGUUUCCAACGUUACCCAGCGGACUGUACUACCGCUGCCUAACCACACACAGUGACAUGAGACGUGGACACAGCGCGGGGACAGCGGGGCCGUGAGGUCUGUCGCCGUGAAGCAGCAGUGAGAGGACAACACGGAAACUAACUUAUCCCACGCUGCGGGAGAACAGAGUUCGUACGUUCUGCUUCCUCCUUCAUCCCUCUCCUCUGACCUUCACCUCCAUCUGGAGGGCCAGUAUCGGGACACCAUAACCAUGACGACAGGCGGGUGUUGCCACCUGCCUGGCUCUUUGUGUGACUGUGCCAGCAGCACAGGUCUGUGGAAGAGUGUGGAGGAGUCAGGCAGUGACGGGUGCCAGGCGCUGUACGUCACCCAGGUCACAGCCUUAGACGGACGGUUGCUGUCAUCUGUGCUAAAACCCAUGGCCUCACAGAGUGACGGUCCCAUAUGUCGUAUCUGCCAUGAAGGAGGCAACAGCGAGAGGCUCCUGUCCCCCUGUAACUGCACAGGCACCCUGGGGGCGGUGCACAGGAGCUGCCUGGAGAAGUGGCUGUCGUCUUCCAACACCAGCUACUGCGAGCUCUGCCACACAGAGUUCAGCAUCGAGCGCCGACCACGGCCUCUCACAGAGGUAACAAAGUGGCUGCGGGACCCUGGCCCUCGUAAUGAGAAGAGGACACUGUUCUGUGACAUGAUAUGCUUCCUGUUUAUCACGCCACUAGCAGCCAUUUCAGGCUGGCUGUGUCUACGGGGCGCUCAGGACCACCUUCAGCUGGGGAGCUGGCUGCAGGCGGUCGGCCUCAUCGCCCUCACCAUCGCCCUCUUCACCAUAUACGUUCUCUGGACCCUGGUGUCGUUCCGCUACCACUGUCAGCUGUACUCUGAGUGGAGAAGAACAAAUCAGAAAGUACGGUUGCUCAUACCUGAAGCCAAGGAGUCUAACUCUUCCCAGCAUUCUUUGCUCUCCAGUAAACUGAUGAAGAAGCCUGCCAAUGAGAGUAUAGUAUGAGACUGAAUGGGAUUGGUUGAUGGUAGUCUUUUGUGAGUGUGGGGGCUAAUUCUCAGUGUGUCAUGCCUGCCAGCACAACUUUAAACGAGCACUUGUGGGCCUUUUUAUUUUAACUUCUCCCUUUUAUUUCUUUGCCCCAUCAGUCCCUAUUUUUUCCCAUUUCCUGUUUUGAUAAAAUCUGUCCUUGUGUGGGUGCUGAACUGAGCACAUUUAAAUAGUCUGUCUUUGACAGAGCUGAUGCAAAGGCACUGAAGAAUGGAACAGUAGAGACUUGUUCAGUGUUAUCAUCUACGAUGUGAUUGCAAUAGCUGAUAAUGAAAGUAAAGUAAGGGAUGGACCAAACUCACUUGUAUAAUGGACUUUCAGAUGUUCUAAUGGGUUGUUUUGCCUAGUUUCAACAACCCAUCAAUGGUCCACAGGUGACUCCAGAGAGUCCAUUCGUUGUUGUGCUGCAACGAUGAACGUGUUUAGAUUCCUGUCACAUCUGGGCAUACAAGACAAAGGAGCUAUUUCAAGAAGUUAUUGAAAAGCUCAGCUCUUUGAUUUACUUCCAUUUUACCGUACAGAUGCCAGUACGCUGUCGGAAAUGAAACCUUUCAGGUUUCGCUCAAGCUUAUGGGACGUUUCAGUGUUUUCUCUGCGUCUGUUUAUCUCACCUGAGAACGGAUGCUACCGCAACAUUUGCAAAGCCAGAGAUGGUUGUGCAAUAAAAACACUGUGGACUCCGAGGUCGUCACAGUACAUGAAGAGACCUCCGCCAACAUGCACAGUCAUGCAUGCAACUACUGUUAAUUAUUUGGGAUAUUUUUUUUUUUUUUACUGUGUAUUAUAAAGUCUUUUUUAAACCACGAAGAAUGAACAAAUUUGCUAUUCCUACUGAAGUGUCCUCAUAGAGGUUCUUGUAUUAUCAGCACUUAAGAACUAGGUCUUUAUAUUUAUAUAGAUUGAGAGAAAACUCCAAUUAAAAUGGCUUUUAGAGGAGCAUUUCCACGAGCAUUGUUUGGUGGCUGGUACUGUGUACUCAAACAUUAGUAUUGAUGGCCUGUUUUGUUUAGAUUUUGCUUUGUUUUUUACAACAAUACAUAUUUCUAUAAGUGUGUAGUUUCCAUGAUCACAACAAUCAGGGAUAUAGAUGAUAAAAUAUUGCAAUUUCGUCACAUCAAGUCAUGGUUAACCAUAGUUUCUUAAGUGGUGACUUUUAGUGCUGGUGUUUAGUGCUAUUGCCAAUCUGACAUAAACUUAACCCACCAACCAUGACUGUAAUUGGUGGACACAUUAUGCAAGCACCACAAAGGCCAAAUCUGACCAAACUUUGUUUUUUCUUUUCUUUGAAGCAGGCCACUAGAUGCUCACAUGCUCUUCUAAGUCCAUUUCAUCAGGGUUUUUCCUGCAUAGAGAAUUGCGAGGCGGCCGCCUCCGUCAAAUUUCAUGCCGCCUACACCUCCCGCACACAUAUGUAAACUCAGACUGGGUAGAAAGGGCUGGAUUCAGUUGGCAGUGCGCAGCGCGAAUGAUAGACACAUACGGGAGCAGUAAAUUACUGACAAAACCUGUUACAAACGGCCCAAACAUGUAUGAAAAGACCCAAAACGAACAUUGUAAGCAGACUUAGUGGAGCUGUGCAUGGCUCCCUGGGUGUCUGCCCCGGGCUUGGAACCCCCUGAAAAACCCUGUUGAUGGAAGGUCGUUCUUUGGGGGGGUGUUACAUUGUGAUGUUACUGACCAGAACAGUUCGUACUGGCUGUGAUUGGGAUUCACUUCUCUCUCUUGUAUAUAGUUUGGUGCAGUUGUAAAUCAGGUCGCUCACAGUGGCUGAUAAUAGACCAGUCAGAGAUGAUAUUCUCUGAUUUGAGAGGCAAAAAAAACCACAAACCAGCCAGUCAGCCUGGUUUCCAGAUCUCCACGUCAUAAUGUGGUCGACUUUGAAAGCAUUUAUUUCUUCAUUUCAUGUCAUUUGGUUUAUGAGGAGACGGUUGAUUAAACACACUGUGAGUCAUCCACAGGGUGAGAGGGUUAAAGGUGAAAACUCCAUUAACAUUUGUAGAACAAUGUUAAAAUGAACAUGAUUCAGUCCAUGGACCUGAUGAAGGCCAUCGACUCUAACACAUCGGCUUUAAGGAUACAACACAUCAUCCUUUGGAGGACAUGCAGGUGCUAAGCUCUGAGUUCAGUAUCACUGUGUAUGUCUUACAAGGUUUAGUUUCAUUUAUAGCUGCGCAAUUCUGUUGGAUGCAAUUUAAAAAAGAAAUGCCUUAACACAGAAGGCAUUGAGAGCAAUGGGGCAAGCUUUAAAUCUGUAAUGGCUCUUAUUGUUACAAGCUAAAGUUUGAAUUUAAUUAAAAAUAAUCAUUUGCUUUUGGUUUUCAUUUUGUCUUCAGUGCAGUGGCAUUUAUAAAUUUGUCACUUUGUCUAAUUUUUAUUUUAAUGUUUUGAUUAACAUACUCUUAUCAUGCUUUUCCUUAAUGUUCUACUAUUGUAGACACAAAAGUCCAGUAGUCUGGAUUUUAUGCACAUUUGCGUUGAUAAUGUCUUUAAUUUAAUAUAUACGUGAACAAUGUAUUGACUUAAACUGGUAUGUGGUGGCAUGGCAAAGUCAGAUGUUUUCAAAAUGUCAAAGAGUCUUUUCAGGAGGAAACUCUGAGCAUCUCAGUCACAUUUUCAGAGUGAAUUUUGGUUCUUGGCCGUCAAUAAGCAUCAAUACAUUUUUCCUCCUGCACUGUGUUGAACUUCAGACAACUUGUGUUCUGAACAUCAGUCACUGGAGGCGCGGUGCAUCACAGUGGUGCUGGUGCUUUGGUUGGAAAUUGACACCAGAUCUGUUUGAUUAUGUGACAUUACCAGUCACCAGUAGCUGUUAUUCCUAGAGCCUGACAGAAAUUGAUUUGAUUGGGGGGGGGGCUGAUAUCGAUACCGAUAUUGGGGAGGAAAAAAAUUCCUAUACUAAUAUAUCAAUAGAUAAAUAUUAACAAAAAAUUUGCAAUGAUUCCUAAGAUGUUGUUAUCAAGCUGAGGCUUGAUAUUUUAGAGUUAAGCUAUAAUCUUUAAUAUGAAUAACAAGGUAAAAGAAAACACAAAUACAACCAAAUAUACAGAUCUUGAAGAAAAUAAACCAAAUUUUUGUCACAUAAAAGUUCAACGUGAAUACUUAUCUCUCUAAAAUAAAAGUUUAAUACAACUAACAAACAGAAGCUAAUACCGAUAUGUUCAUGAAAGGCACAUAACAACCGGUCACCCAAUAAAUCAGUCUGGCUCUAGUUAUUUCCCUGCCCUGGCUUCACUCGGCUAACAUCACCCUUUGGAACAUUGCGCUGAUGGUGUGGUGUCCCACAUUCUGCCCCAGUUAAUCUUUUGUUUGUGUUUUUAAUUGAUCAAAGGAUUAUAUCUUGCAAUACUGCGAUGCACCCGGGGCCUAGUUUGCCUUACAAGCUUAUGAGUCAUUUGAUCAUCUGUGUGUUUACUGUUUGUCAUAAACAAGCUUUACUCCAGGCAUUAGGGUCAACUGGGGCCCUGGUUCGAAGCAAAGAGGUGAUGAUUCAAAAUAGCUUAAAAACAAGAAACUGGAAUUUAUAGUUAAAGCAGAUCGAUGGUGUUUUCUGUUUUUUUUAAGUUUCCCAUAAUUUAUGCAGAGCUGCUCCUCGUUCUACAUGUCUGUUCACGUCAGAGCUAUCCGAGCUCCUCAUCUCUCCAAAGAGUUUCAUAACACAUUUACCAUGAUGCAAUUGAUCCUUUAUAUAGAUUCCACCACUCAAACCCACAAAGGGAUUUUAAAUCAUUGUUUUCUUUGUUUAAUACACAAACAACCAUUUAGAAGUUACUUAUGUUGUGUUAUGAUGACAUUUUUGUAUUAUAUUUUAAUUCUACAUGUCUUUAUUUUUGGAGGUUGGAUAUGUUAAUGUAUGUAUCAUUUGUUGCAGUUCAGUAUUCACUCUUGCCAAUAAUAUGAUGUUUAUGGUGUGCUGUGAAAAAAAGAAAGAUGUCUUCACCAAACCCUGGUACCUGCAAUCAGCCAAGAAUUAUUUGCAAAGCAAAUAAAAAUGAUGAUAAAUUAUGGGUGAAAAUUAA